AUCGCCGACGUUAAAAGCUGAUCGAGUUGCCGAUAGUAGCAUUGAUGACUGUCGGUCAACAACAAAUGUCGGGAGGCAUGCGACAGAUCGCUCGAUAUCUAUAUCACAUGCGCGAGGCUACAUGACGUCUUGUUCGAGUAGCAGUGUGAACGUGGCUCUGGCCAUCACUGCUCCGGCCAUCAUCCCGUUCAUGCUGUUCGGCGGCUUCUUCCUCAAUAGCGGGUCCGUACCCGUCUGGCUGGAGUGGCUCCAGUACCUGUCCUGGUUCAACUACGCCAAUGAGGCGCUGUGCAUCAACCAGUGGCAAAACAUCGAUCACAUCGACUGUGGGGGCUCUCCGGCGUGCCCCAGCAACGGCACUGUCGUACUGGAGACUCUCAGCUACAGCGUGGAUAACUUCAAUGUGGACAUCGGCGCCCUGGCCGCACUUCUAGUCGGCUACCGGCUGCUCGCCUACCUGAUCCUGCUCUUCAAGUCCUAUAGACACGAGUAGCGCUAGCUGCCACAGUGCCGCGCUUUAGCUUCUUCACAGCGCGUAGCUGUCAGUGUCAUUGUCACGUGCCAUUGCCAAGAGCCAUCGCCGUGUGAUGUCUGGUGGUAUGACAUCCUCACGUCAGUGGCAAGUCACCGAAUAAUGUCGAGAGCA